CUGCUGGCGCUUUGCCCAAGCGAUCGUCGUCUCACUUAACGGCACAAUUUAAAAACUAACGGGUUUUUCGUUCUGCUGCUUGUCGUCAAAAAUUUCGGUUUCGAUCGUACGCGUUUGCAAUCGCCCACCUAGGAAGUACCUAAGAGAAGAAGCAGUAGAACAGUGAUUCAUAAAGUGCAAUAAAUAAUUAGCAAUUAUAGCAAUUAGCCGAAAUAAGUACAAAGAAAAGAUAUACAUAUAUAUGAAUAUAUAUAUAAAGUUUAUAUAAGAAACAGUUGAGUGUUAAAGUUGAAGCCUUGAAAGCCGCGGGCCAAAUGUUAAAAGUUGAAUUCGAGUAAAGCCAAGUGGUUUUUGUUUUGUUUUUGUUGUUGUUUUGACCGGCUCAAAGCAGUUACAACUCGCAACAGCAAAAGUUACAACAGCAACAGCAGCAACAACAACAACUGUAAAUAAGCAUAAGCUUAAUUGCAGAAGAAGAAGAAGCAGAAGAAAACGCAGACAACUGAAAAAGUCAAGCAGCGGAAGCUUUUGGCAGCAGGCACUACACAAGCAACAACAACAACAACAACAACUGCAACAGCAACAACUGCAGCAGCAACAACAACAGCAAUAACAAUAUCAAUUACACAUUGAACUGUUAAAGCCCAGUGCCAGUGCGCAGAUUUCACAAUGAAAACGUCGCAACGAAAUCCAGGCUUUGUGGGCGACGAUGGCAAUAGCACCACCAGCACAUUGGCCAUGUCGUCACUGCCAGCAGAGACGACAACAGAGGACGAACAGGAAGCUGACAAAUCGACGGGCGGGCGGCAGGGCGAGCGCGCUACAUGGGGCAAAGGCGUGGAGUUCCUGAUGUCCUGCAUUGCAAUGUCUGUGGGCUUGGGCAAUGUGUGGCGCUUCCCGUUCACGGCACUGGAUAAUGGGGGCGGGGCUUUUCUAAUACCCUAUCUCAUUGUGCUAUUCCUAAUUGGCAAGCCGAUUUACUAUCUGGAAAUGGUAAUUGGACAGUUUUCGAGUCGCGGCUCCGUGAAGGUAUUCGAUUUGUGCCCGGCUAUGAAAGGCGUUGGCAUUGGACAGGUGAUAUCCAUAUCGCUGGUGACCACCUACUACGUCGGCAUAAUGGGCAUAACACUUAACUAUUUUUACGACUCGUUCCGUAAUCCGUUGCCCUGGUCCGAGUGCCAGGCCGAAUGGGGUGCGCUCUGCGUGGCCUCCAGCCAGGGCAACAUCAGCUCCAGCGCCAUUUCCAGCUUUGGCGCUAACUCCAGCUUAAAUAUGAUUGGGACGCAUCGGCAGCGCGUUGCAUCCGCCGAGCUGUAUUUUCUCAAGGAGGUGCUGCGUGAGAAGGACCAGAUAGCCGAUGGCAUUGGCCUGCCCAACUGGGACCUGGUCAUUGGCCUGUUCGUGUCCUGGCUGUGCGUCUUUCUGAUCAUACGACGCGGCGUGAAGAGCUCCGGCAAGGCGUCCUAUUUCCUGGCCCUCUUCCCGUACGUCAUCAUGGGCGUCCUGCUGAUACGCGCCGUCACCCUGCCCGGCUCGCUGGACGGCAUCUACUACUUCAUCAAGCCCAAUUGGGGCAAGAUCCUGGAUCCGAAGGUGUGGUACGCGGCGGUCACCCAGUGCUUCUACUCGCUGUCCGUUUGCUUUGGCAACAUCAUCAUGUACGCGUCGUACAAUAAAUUCGGUCACAAUGUGCACCGGGAUGCGACCAUUGUGACCGCCUUGGACACAGCCACCUCGCUCCUGGCGGGCUUCACGAUCUUUGGCAUUCUGGGCCACUUGGCCCACGAAAUUGGCACCGAUGACAUUGGCAAGGUGGUCAAAGGUGGCGCCGGCUUGGCCUUCAUUUCCUAUCCGGAUGCCAUAGCCAAGUUCAAGCAGCUGCCGCAAAUCUUCUCCGUGCUCUUCUUCCUCAUGCUCUUCGUGCUGGGCAUCGGCUCGAACAUAGCGAUGACAUCCUGUACAGUGACCGCCAUUCGCGAUCGUUUUCCCAACUUCAAGCAGUGGCAAUGCUCGCUGCUCAUAGCCGUCGUCAGCUUCUUCAUUGGACUGAUGUACAUAACACCGGGCGGUCAGUAUAUGCUCACAUUGGUGGACUUCUUUGGCGCUUCAAUGAUCGCCUUGGUGCUGGGCAUUGCAGAGCUCUAUACGAUUGGCUGGAUCUAUGGCACGGAUCGUUUGUGCAAGGACAUUGAGUUCAUGCUGGGCAGAAAGGUUGGACUCUAUUGGCGGCUAUGCUGGGGCAUCUUUACCCCACUCAUCAUGACCAUUAUUCUGAUCUACUUCUAUGCGACCUAUGAGCCGCUCAUCUACAAUAAUCAAGCGUAUCCAGCCUGGGCUUAUGGCAUUGGCUGGUCCAUCACAGCCUUUGGCGUUAUACAGCUGCCACUUUGGAUGCUCGUCGCCAUCAUUCGGGAGCCUGGCAAUACGCUGGGCGAGAAGAUCUGCGGCGCCUUCAGGCCCAAGAAGAACUGGGGACCCUCCGAUCCGCUGCUGCGGGAGCAGUACAAUAAGCAAAUCGAACACGAGCUAAUGCCCAAGCGAGGACAAGGCUUCUGGGCCAGCAUUAAGCAAAAUAUCAUGGGCUGAGUUUCAGAUCUCUGAAGAUGUCUACUUUAAGAUGUGUAUAUAUAUAUGUGUGUAAACUAUUUGAUAUAUUCUAUUUGUAAGUGUACGAAUUAAAUGUGACGAAUUUAAAA